CAAAGCGGCCAAAGCGGCCAAAGAAUAAAACAAAUUCAUUCUGAUCACACUUUGCAUCCCCCAAGUCUUCACCCGCCCAUUGCUGGUGCCAGCAGACCUACCCCCGCUCCUCAAAGCGCGGGCAUUUGAUCCGCACAACAAAUAGCGUAUACGCUUUUUAAAAUAUUCGUCUUUUCAUAUUUUUAAUAUUCACCAAUGGAAGACCAAAAGCGCGGUAUCGAGGCAUUCGAGCGACUGGUCAAAGGCAACGACGUAGCAUCCGCACGAGGCGCUUGCAAGAAGUGUGGUGGCAUGGGUCACCUCACUUACGAGUGUAAAAACAACUUGAAAAUCGAGUCCAAGCCAAACGCAUUGACCAAGAGGGACCCGUUUGCCGACGAAAAGGCCAAGUUGCGGGCAGAGAUUGAAAUGCUCAAACGAGAGAAGGACAAAAACCAAAACAGACGCGAGCCAGAUAAGAAGCACAGGAAGCGCAAAAGUAGGAGGCGCUCGCCGUCGCCGUCUUCCAGUGACUCAAGAAGCUCCGGUUAUGAAAGUAGCUCGAGUAGCAGCAGCAGUGAGCCACGUUCGAGAAAACGCCGCGGACACGCGAGCAAAUCCAAGGAUAGUCGUCGCCAUUGUGACCGUCGGCGUCGCCGGUCGCGCUCGCCAAGCGAUUCUAGCAGCAGCAGCACCUCUUCGAGCGAGUCCGACUCCGACUCUGAGCCCGAGGUCAAGGCAAAGCGCUCAAGCACCAGUAAGCGAGAGAAGAAGGGCUCAAAGACUAGAACCGCAGUGGCCGAAAAAUAGCUCCUAAUUCUGCAAUGUAGACUGUAAUAUAAUAUGCGAUAUACUCAAGU